AUGGCGCCGCGGAUCGUGAUCCUGCUGAUCGCAGCAUCGCUGAUGUGCUGCAUCGCGUCCGACUUUGAUCUCAUCAAACUGCGCACUCUUUCGGAUCUGCGCGGACCGUCCGACGGAUCACUGCCGCCACCGCCGUCGGCCGAUGGCACUUGGCGUGACAUCGACUACCGGUCGGGAUGCGCGAUCGGGCGCGUCGAGUGGCCGGCGGUGCAACACCUCGAUCGCACCCUCGCAAUGGCGCGAUCCUGUGGCGUGGCGAACGCAACGCUCGCGGCACUUGAUUUUUGGUUCAAGCGCGACUAUCGCGACGAAGGAUGCACCGACACGGAAUCGGAUCGAUGCUGCGACAUGCCGGACGACACGCUGUGGAACUCCAACUGGUGGUGGAAUCGGAUCGGCGAUCCGAGAGCAGUGCGCGACCCUGUCCGGGCCAAGCUGCCCGACAUGCGCGCGAUGACAGAUUCUUGGGCGAGACGCGAUGAGUUUGCCGCACUUCCCACACCACCGCUCGGCAACCGCGUCUACGCAUCAUCCGACUACGUCAUCCACCGGCGACCAAACUACUUUGUUAGCGUCAAGGCGGCUUCGGAGCGCGUGGCGGUGUCCGAGUGCAUCAACGGUGAGAACACGCUCGGCCAUCGGCUCGGGGAUGGCGUCAUGUUUGUGAAUCGGCCUGGUGCGUAUGACGACGUGUUCCCGCUGUGGAACUGGAACGCGCUGCCCGGCAUCACCGUCCCUGCGUCGGCGCGAGGCGACAACGGCGGAUGCGCGACCGUGUCCGGCAAGGGCGACGACGAUUUCGUGGGCGGUGCGUCGGAUGGUCACUUUGGUGUGUUCGCGAUGCGAUCCGCCGACGGAAUCCGAAAGGCCUGGUUCAUGUUCGACGACGAGAUCGUGGUCGCGAUCGUGCCGACCUCGGAUGGCGAGACCAUGCGAUCCGUGCUCGACUCGCGGGUGCUUCGCGGCGAUGUGACCUCGAGCGCGUAUGGCGAUCGCGCGCCCAUGGGAAUCGGACGGACGCGAUCCAGCCCUUGGUGGAUCCGCCACGAUUCGGUGACCUACAUCGUCCCCGACAACGCGAGGGGUGCCAACACGCCCGUCGACGUUGUCACCACCGUGCCCCGCGAUGGUCGGUGGUCUCGGAUCUCGACAAGCGAGAAGACGGUGACCACAAAGGCCACGUUCACAGCUUGGUUCGAGCAUCGUGGGCCAUCGCACUACAUCAUCGUGCCACACACCGCCCAAGAUCCGAUCGCGACCAUCGACGACGUUGUCGUGAGACAGAACUCGGAUGCCGUGCAGUGCAUCGUCAACAAACGCCUGGGCACGGUCGGCAUCGUGUUCUGGGAGGCAUGGGAGACGGCAUCGUUUCCCGGAUGGCGCGUGACCGCGAAUCGGCCCUGCGUUGUGCUGGCUGUCAUUGAGGACGCCGACCGGCACCUGCGGAUCACGAUCGCCGAUCCCACCCACAAGCUCGAUCGCGUGUCGGUGAGCGUGACCCGAGAAUCGGAUGGCGUGUCGGGCACGCUGGCCAUCGACACGUCCGCCCACAACGGAGCAUCGCACACCGUUCUCUGGGACGGAUCGGCGUCGGAUUCUGAGAUGUCAUCAUCCGGCCGCCCACGACCGUUUCUUUUUCAUUGA